AUGCUCCCUCACCGCUACAUCGUUUUAUCCUCAUGUGCCCUCUGGCACUUGGCCAUGGGUCUCCCUGGUUCCGUCCAGCCUCGAGCGAACUUUGUCCACCCAGGCAUCCUCAUCGACGAAGCACAAGCAGAGCUCAUUAGGACCAAGGUAUCACAGUCAGCUGCUCCGUGGGCUCCAGCAUACACUUCCAUGCUGGCGCACCCUUAUGCCUCCAAGACAGCCCCAGAGCCCGUCUCAACAGUAGAGUGCGGAUCAUAUUCUACACCUGACGUUGGUUGUUCGGAUGAAAGAGAAGACGCCAUGGUGACGUACUUGAAUGCCCUGGCAUGGACAGUCACAGGCACGCAGACAUACGCAAACAAGGCCAUCACGUUUAUGGAUUCUUGGGCAUCCACCAUCAAAGCACACAACAACACAAACUCGCCACUGCAGUCUGGUUGGGUCGCUUCAACCUGGGCCCGCGCCGCAGAGUUGAUCAGAUAUUCAGACGCCGGCUGGAGUGCUGCCAGCAUUACAAAGUUUGAGGGCAUGUUGCGUAAUGUCUACUUACCUCUCGUCAAAAAUGGCGCACCAAACUACAUGGGUAACUGGGAUCUUGUCAUGGCGGAAGCCGCAAUCUUCAUCGGUGUAUUCCUUGAUGACCAGACCAUCUAUGAUGCUGGCAUGACAAAGUUCCUCAACCGAGUGCCGGCCUACGUCUACCUGGAGAGCGACGGCGAUCUUCCAAAAACAGCACCUGGAGAUACGACGACGAGUACGCAGGCCGGGAUCGUGACGUACUGGCAGGGCCAGUCUGUGUUCAACGUCAGCGGUCUGUCCCAGGAGACGUGCAGAGACUUCGAACACACAGGGUACGGCCUUGCCUCUAUCGGUCAUGUUGCUGAGACAUCGAGAAUACAAGGACGCGAUUUAUUCAAUGAGGAAACCGGUACUAGAUUGCGAUACGCUCUAGAGUUUCAUUCGAAAUAUCACCUCGGAGAACCGAAGCCCACGUGGCUGUGCCCUGGAAAGACACUAUCUCUCUAUUUUGGGCCAGUAACGGAAGUGUCAUUCCGCGCCCUGUCGGGCCGUUUGGGAUAUGACAUGCCAUACACAGAGGAAUUGACUCUGAAUCAGCGGCCAGCUGGUACGAAUAAACUCUUUGUCGGCUGGGAAACCUUGACCAAUGCUUGA